AUGAGAAUGUCAGCUAAAUUAUUAGUUAGACUGAAAGAAUUAAAAGGUUUGUAAAAAAAAAGAUCUGGCGCACAUAAAAUAUGUUUGAGGAGUUUCAAAGCUCGCUUUGUCGUUCAGCGGAUGUGGAUUCCUCGGAGCGUAUAAUUUUGGCGCUGCGAAACGAUUAAUGCAGGAAAAUGACGUAAAUUUGUAACAGAAAUUCAAUAAGACUUUGAAAAAGAAUGCUAAAUUUGCAGAAUAUUGCCAAAAAAGUAGAUAGGAUUGCCGGGGCAUCGGCAGGAAGUCUUGUCGCUUCGAUUCUAGUGUUGGCACCAGAAAAGUGAGUUUUUCGCAAUUUCCGCUUGGAAGCUUCUAUUAAGAAAAUUAAAAAGCCCUUUAAGUUAAUCUCAGACUUGAUGCCGCCGUUGAGACACUUUUUUCAAUGGCCGACGACGUGCAUUCGAAGCCGUUCGGCGCCAUGACGCCCGGAUAUUAUUUGAAUGAAGAACUUGUAAAAGUGAGGCCGAAUUUAGUUAAAAUAAAGCAAAAGAACGAAACCGUUUGACAGAUUAUCGAUGAGUUCUUGCCGACAGAAAUAAGCAAAGCACACGGAAAACUGCACAUUUCAAUCACGAAUCGCAGAGUAAAUUUUAAAUGUUUGAAAUUGUGAAGAAAUUCAUCCGGAAGACGUGUUUAGAAAUGGGAAAAUGUAAUGAUCAAUCAGUUCGACAGCCGGGACCACCUGAUCUCGUGCCUUCUGGCCAGUUGCUACAUUCCAAUGUACUCAAUGGGAUACAGAGGAGUCCCUCCGGUUAUCAAUGAAGAGGUGUGACAGAAUUCAAAUAUGUUUAGGCUCGAAAAACUUUCCACGUUCAGGAGUACAUUGACGGCGGAAUGACGAACAAUCUGCCGACGUUCUCCGACAUUCCGACCAUCACCUGCUCGCCGUUCUCCAGCCAGGCCGACGUCUGUCCGCCCGAUCCCUCCGACUGGAACGUCACGUUUGCUAAGCAAGUCUUCAAAGCGAGCACGGCUAAUUUGUACCGAGGAACGCGUGCGCUUUUCCCGCCGACUCGCGAGAUUCUGAAAGAGUACUAUCGAAUGGGAAAUGACGAUGCGGAUAGAUUUAUUCGAGAAAAGAAAUAA